AGAUUACAUGGUAUACUAAAACACAAAUCAUACUCUACAAAACUGAUGGAAUUACGUGCAAUUGUAUGACAAAGUGGAAAUAUAAAACGAAAAAGUGUUUUUAAUGAUAUACCAACUGUGAUAGUAGUGAAUCAUAAGAAUAAGCAAAAAAAAUUGUUUUGAUAAAUCAACAAUGCACUUAGCAUCUGAAGUAUCUUCAACAACAAAUCAGCCAUCAAUGGAUGGCAUGACAAACAACAAUAAUAAUAAUAACAUAACAAAUAACAAUAACAACUCCGGUAUAUUAACGGCUGAAACAUUAGCUGAACGAACGUUAGACGGAUUACUAGCUGAACAUCCAGGAGAACUGGUUCGAACGGGAUCACCACACAUUGUGUGCACAGUAUUACCGAACCAUUGGAGAUCAAAUAAGACAUUGCCAGUGGCAUUCAAAGUUGUGGCGCUGGGUGAUGUUUGCGAUGGUACUAUUGUGACAAUUCAUGCUGGAAACGACGAGAAUUUCUGCGGCGAGCUGAGAAAUUGUCAGGCAGUGAUGAAGAAUCAAGUAGCUAAAUUUAAUGAUUUGAGAUUUGUGGGACGGAGCGGACGAGGCAAGAGCUUUUCGUUAACAAUCUGCAUAUCAACAUCACCGAUGCAAAUAACAACGCUGAACAAAGCUAUUAAGGUCACUGUGGACGGACCACGUGAGCCCAGAUCGAAAUUGCGCCAUCAAGGAUUCCAUCCGUUUGCAUUCGGACCACAACGGUUUCCACCUGAUCCGCUUAUGAGUGGACUUCAGUUCAAACUACCAGGCUUUCAUCAUUUCGGUCUUCCUAGUCAUUUAGCGACACACGAUUGGAGAAAUCUAGCAAAUCGUCCAGGUUUUCCACCAACACCAUUCUUCAACCAUCAACCGUCCCAUUUUCCACCACAUAUGUUGUCCCGUAUCGAACGAACGAAUAUGGGAAUUUCAAGUGGCACAUCACCUAUAACCCAGCUAAAUCAAAAUUCAAUCUGCAAUCCACACAGUACAACCAGUCCGAAAACAUCGCCCAACAUUUCCUUAACAAAUUCAUCACAAAUGACACCCACCCUAACCGAUGAAAAUGACAACAACAAUAACGUUGACGAAGGAUUUGAAAACGACAACAUAUCAGUAACUGGAUCUCCCCCGUUAGGCAAAUUCAACAGAAGAUGA